AUGGUUGCAUUCGGCAUCAUCUUAAUAGCUUUGAACCUUUCAUCGACAGUCGUUCAUGCCAGACGCUCCCUUGAAGAGAUAUUCAGUGCAUUCAUCUCACUGUUCCUUAUCUUAAAGGCUAUUUUUUCCAUGUUUCGAAGUUUGCCUGGAAGGAUUUUUUAUCCAACUAACUUUAACAACAUCGACGACUUGAACGAAGCGCUUGAAAGCUUACAGAUAGCGGCAAGAGCAGUUCUUCAACUUUUUCUCGCACUGAUCAUGCUGGUGUUUUCACUUCUCAUCAACAAACUAAAAAGAAGUCACCUCUUUCGGCGUACGUUCCGCUACUGGAUCGGAGCAUUUAACGUGCCUUUGGGAAUCGUGUUUGUCACCGGUCUGACCUACAUCUUCUUUUCGAAUUAUCCUAUCACUAAAUUGGACAUUCCACCAGCAUCGCAGGCUGAUCCUAGCUCCUGGAUUACGCUGGUCGAUUUCUCCAAGAUGACAACCUUCACAAAUCCUUCUCCUGCUCUCUUACACGGCACAGCUGUAGUUAUCGGUUUCUUCUUUUGCCUUCUAAUUUUCACGGAAAUUGCUCUCAAUAGGUAA